AUGCGCAAACCUCUUAUGCGCAUUCCCUACACGGAACUCUUGGCUCCUCCCACAGUCCGUCCAAGUAACGCAAACUCCAUCCCUGGCGCUGUCGCGGCCCUCCAGAACUUCUUCACAGCUCCUCCGCCACAGGGGCUGCCGAGGUCGACCGUAGUCUUGACUGGGGCGGGCCUCUCCGUCUCCAGCGGCCUCGCCGACUACAGAGGGGUCAAUGGCACUUACCGCGUGAACAAGACUUACCGUCCCAUCUACUACCACGAGUUUCUCUCAAAUCACGAAGCACGCAAGAGGUACUGGGCAAGAAGUUUCUUGGGAUGGACGUCACUCCACAAGGCGUCCCCGAAUCAGGGCCACUAUGCCAUCCGUGAUCUUGGCCAGCUCGGUCUUAUUCGCAGUGUCGUCACUCAGAACGUCGACUCAUUCCACUCAAAAGCUCAUCCUGACAUUCCAACUUUAGAGUUACACGGUUAUCUGCGGUCCACUGUCUGUGUUACUUGCAGGAACGAAUACCCCAGGGACACCUUCCAGGAAGAGCUAGCGAGGCUCAACCCGGCUUGGGCGACCUUCCUCGCCGAAGCCUUGGCUUCCGGGGCUCUCGAUACAGAGAAUCCCGCGGAACGCAGGGCCAAGGGCAUCCGGACCAAUCCUGACGGAGACGUCGACCUGCCCGGCGCUCCUUACACCACCUUCCGAUAUCCUGCAUGUCCGCAUUGCCUGGCGCACCCACCCUCCACCCCCGAGGGUGCUAGGCACGUCGUCGAGGUCGACCAUGACGGCGCCUGGCACUCCUCCAGCUCUGCGGGCAUCCUCAAGCCUGCCGUCGUCAUGUUUGGCGAAAGCAUCCCCCACGAGGUCAAGACGGCGGCGGAGGAGGCCAUCGACGGGGCUGGCAAGCUGUUGAUCCUCGGUACUUCGCUAGCCACGUACUCUGCUUGGCGGCUGGCCAAGCGGGCUCUUGAUCGCGGCAUGCCCAUUGCAAUCGUCAACACGGGAGGCGUCCGAGGAGAGGAGCAUAUCGCUGCGGUCCCGGAUCCGGAUCCGACAGGGGCACUUGGAGUCCGGACCGAAGUAUCCACCGACGUCGUCCUUCCGGCACUGGUCGACCAGCUUCAGAAGCUCUCGGCGAGCGGUGCCUCCGCUCCCGCGGGAGGCGUAGCAGCCUUCAGGGAGAAUCAUGGUGUCUUCAAAGACAUGCUUUCAUAA